AUGCCACCUUUGUCAACUUGCCUCAGUCUGGUUCGAAUGUGCGAGAGACCGGUGCCAGGCAGCGAGAGCACUGUUGCCGAUCUUCUUCGCAGGGAAAUGGCGAGCCUCUAUACGAAUCGUACCAACUGUGAUAACCUCGUGAUGCUCGCCGCAUUUCAAGCCUUUCUGAUCUACGCAAUGUCACUGUUCUACAAGCUUGGCCAAGGUUCACAUGGCAGUGUUAGGGAAGCAAUGAUGAACCUCCAGGACCUCGCAGGAUUGAGCUGCCGGCAGGGGCUUGUGUGUAAUGAAGAGCUACAACGCGUGCGACCGAGUUGGGAGGCCUGGAUAAUCGCUGAAGCCAAACGACGAACUUUGUUCACAAUGUACCUUUUCGAUGGUGUCUUGUCAUCCAUCGACGGCCUUCCAACAUAUCUCGGUACUGAACUACAAGGACUUCCGGCUCCGGCGUCGAAAGAUCUCUGGGAGGCGGAUACACGGGAGCUCUGGGAAACCUCGUAUAGCUUACAUCUGGCUGACUGGCCCACUGGGCAGCUUCGUAUCGAUGAACUUUGGCCCAUGCCUGAGGAAGCGGACGAAUCUGCAAUCCUCGACCGGCGCAACCGAGUAGAUCGUUGGUUGGAAGAUGUGGAUAGUUACAGCAUGAUGCUAUAUGCCGUGACGAGCUGCACCCACGGCAGUUAG